AGUAUGAGUAAUAGACUUUGACUGAAAAUAGAUUUUUACAGCUCCUCGUCAGGAAGGAUGAUGGUAAUGGAGUGUGUGUAGGAGGGGGGUACUUACCUACAGUAAAAUAAGGAUGUAAAUGAGGGGACAAUUGAAAGAAGGUCGCUCCCACUCUACUCACCCUUCCCAUUCAGCUCACGAUGCGUUGAUGACGUCAAAGGCGCCUUUAAAAAAGAUACAGGACCACGCGUAGAGGCGCACUUUCACGUGAAACCGCGCGCGUGGAUUACACUGCAGCGUGGAGAUAAUGCACAAAAACAUGAUUGUGGGAUGAAGGAGUAAAUUGUCGAUUGCGAGAGAAAGGGAAAAUGUAGAUGGGAAGUAACAGGUGGGAUUGUGAGGCAUCACCCUCUUCACAACGAGCCGUGCAAUUGAAAAGGAAUGCGCGGAGAACGCUUGUAAACUCAGCUAAAGUGCAGCCAAGCUCUCAUGCAUGGACGCCAGGAUGUUCUCGGGCCAGGCGGCUCUCAACUUCAGCAGCUUUAUGAGCGACGACCCGGAGCUGACGGAGCCGCCCGCUGAGGUCGAGGCGCGCCUGUCGUCCACGGGCUUUGCGGUGCUCUCCGUGGUGCUGGGCUUCAUUAUGACGUUCGGCUUUCUUAACAACCUGGUGGUGCUGCUGCUCUUCUGUAAGUUCAAAAAGCUGCGCACACCCGUCAACAUGCUGCUUCUUAAUAUCAGCGUGAGCGACAUGCUGGUGUGCGUGUUCGGCACCACGCUCAGCUUUGCCUCCAGCAUCCACGGACGCUGGCUGCUCGGCUCCGGUGGAUGCAGCUGGUACGGAUUCAUCAACUCCUGCUUCGGUAUCGUGUCACUGAUUUCCCUGGUGAUCCUCUCUUACGACCGCUACAGCACUCUGACAGUGUACAAUAAGCGCGGUCCCGACUACCGCAAGCCCCUGUUGGCUGUCGGAGGAUCGUGGCUCUACUCUUUGUUCUGGACGGUGCCGCCGCUCUUGGGCUGGAGCAGCUAUGGUGAGGAAGGAGCCGGAACCAGCUGCUCAGUGUCUUGGACGGUCCAGACGACCCAGUCGCACGCCUACAUCAUCUGCCUCUUCAUCUUCUGUCUGGGGCUGCCUGUGCUGGUCAUGAUCUACUGCUAUGGCAGGCUACUAUGGGCUGUCAAACAGACACAGGUGGGUAAGAUCCGCAAGACGGCAGCUCGAAGGAGGGAGUACCACAUUCUCUUCAUGGUGCUGACGACAGCUGCGUGCUACCUACUGUGUUGGAUGCCCUAUGGCGUGGUGGCCAUGAUGGCAACAUUUGGUCCACCUAACAUCAUCAGUCCCGUAGCCAGCGUGGUGCCAUCCCUACUGGCCAAGAGCAGCACUGUUAUCAACCCGCUGAUCUACAUUCUUAUGAACAAACAGUUUUACAGAUGUUUCCUGAUCCUGUUCCACUGCGACAACUGGUCGGGGAAGAACGGCAACACCUCCAUGCAGUCCAAAACCACUGUCAUCCAGCUAAACCGACGGAUCUCGAGCAACACGGUGGCCUGCGCCGCUGUUUCUAGCGACGCGUUCAAAACAAGCGGAACGCCGGCCGUCAAGCUGACCACGCCGCCUGAGGUCAUCACCUGAAACUACCAAGAAGCACAACGAAGUCGUAUUGUUUCAGAUGGGAAGUUGUGAUUACAAAGUGGACUGCAGUGGAAUACGGACGAAAGGGAAUUGGAUUGAUAUAACAUACUGUAUUUUCCAUGUGAGCUAAAUGUUUGUACAAAGAUUUAUUUUGUGUCCCAUGACUUAUGCAUUUUCUUAUUUGUGCUUGAUGUGCUAAAUGUAAAACAAGAAAAAUACACAUGCUCAGUAUUCACAACAUGAUCUCAGUGUCGUUUUAGGAUAUGAAAGCUAGGUUUGGACUGAUUCAGGGGCGGAAAUUAGGAGGGUGCUGGAGGUGCGACCGCACCCGGCCCUCUAAGACUACGUUCAUACUACAGGUCUUAAUGCACGAAUUCGAUAUUUUCGUGUUUUUCCGAUUCGAGUGAGGCAUUAACUUGACGGUCUGAACGUGACAAGUCGCAUAGAAGUGGACCAUUUCAAAUCCGAUCUGGGUCACUUUCGUAUGUGGUUCAAAUCCGAUCUGGGCCACAUUUUUCCAGACUGUCGCGGCGGUCUGUACUGUCCAGUCUCUCAGAUCGAAAUUCAUGCAGCAGUUACGUCAUCAAAAAAGCGAGAGAGAAGCUAUGGUAGCUUUGCAGCUGUGCGUUAUUAGCGCCUAGCUUGCCUUGAACACUGCUUUUUAAGGAAGGGUCGGAAUUGACAACAGUCAUAAAAAAAUUAAAAUGGGUUGAGGAUAAGCCUGAGAGUGAUCGGUUUUCUGUCUGCUCCAUUUAACCCAGGGGUUCCCAUCUGCCGGGGUCCGUGGCGCAUUUGCUACCGGGCCGCACUGAAAUAAUAAUUUAAUAACGACCACAUUCUGGCAGAAUUAACCCGUGUGCCCCUGUUUAACACCCCAAUAUCCCUGCCUACUCUAGAUAUAAUACUACGGAAUAGAUUAGAAUGUUGUCAUAGAAAUUCAUUGAUUGGACUGCUAGCAGUACAUCUUGUUUGUGUAUAUAAUAUAUCUAUGUGCGCUUGUCCAAUGUCCUCAAUAAUAACGUAUUGCUAGGCCGUGGGCGCAGCACAUUUGUUCCAGGAAAUAAUUAGCCCCCACACGAGCGAAGAUGAUUGGAAAACAGACGUCUUUGGAGAUAUUUUUACGGCGAAAAGGGCACCUGAUGAGCCUAAAACCUCGAAGACCCACGAACUGCGAAGGAGUGAAUUCGUGACCCGUUUGUGAAUAAACGGAGUGAUUCAAGCAUGUCUGUGCAACAGUAAGAUCAAAUUGUAGAGAUCGCAACUGACGGCGACCUUAUUAAACGUACAUUUGAGACAACAACUCUACCGAGGUUCUGGAUUAGAGUCAUUCUGGAAUAUCCUGACAUCGCUACAAGAACAUUGAAAGCCUUGCUACAAUUUCCAACAUCGUAUCUUUGUGAAGCGGGCUUCUUAAUGAAUGUUUAACGACAAAGCGAAGGUGAGAGCGGUGUGAAGUGAAGGAUGUUUCUGAGGAGAACUUUUCUACAAGUCCUUCCAUGAUCAAACGUAAGUUAAUAUUCCUUUCUUUCAAGAAAGUUUGUAGUGUUUACUUUGGAAUCGCUGCAUUUGCGCAUUUUGCGGCUAUGGUUAACGCAGAGGUUGCGCUAGACUUUUUCGUUGUCUGUCAUUUUGACUGACAGGGUCAUAAAAAUCCGGUCAUAAUCUAUUUUUCCCCGUCCUUUAAAUUUUUAAAACGAUGAUAAUGACAUUGUGGUGACCCUUUGUUUGGCGUAAUUCACCUUCCGUACUUGUGUGUCCAUUUGGCCGAGCGCGUUAGCGGCUACGACACAGUCACGUGACAGAGACACUUAAGAGCCGCGAGUGUUCCGGCUUGAAUAGAGAAUUCACACUGAGAGCAGCAGAGCCGCAUCGGCUGGACACAGAAAAUUCGAGCUAACAAGACUCUUAACAUUGCAUACCGUUUCAACAUAUUCAAUAGUAUUUAGUUUUCAUUCAUUUUAAAUUAAUAUUCUGUCCGAACAAGCUUAAAAGAGAAUCCACACCGUGCCAUCACACAUCAAGCAGAUGAAUAUGUAACUUUUUCUCCGCAAUGACAAAAGCAGCUGACUGUGGCCCCAGUAGGUAGGUAGCCUACCAUAUGUAGCAUAUGGAACAAUGAAAUUAACAGUUCACCUGCUGUGGCCUGAACGUAGUUUCACACCUUCCUCCUGGUGCGCAUGGACUUGAAUUGCGUGCCCGCUUGUGCAGUCCCUCUUUUUUCACCUCUUUUAUCAACACCAUCGUCGUUUUGGGGCUUUUUGAAGAAACUUUGGACACUCAGUUGCCUUGACAUUUUUCAGAGUAAGGCCAACGACGUCAUGCAUCAAGAGAGACAAUGGCUAAUUAAUAUGCUCACUCGCCACCCUGUGGUCUGGGGUGUGAAUUGCAACCUGUCAAAAUGACGGAUGGACUUCAGUUUUUUUCGUCACAGUUUUAAAAAAAAUCGGUCAACGACGGAAAAUAUUCGGUUAACGCAACCCCUGGUUUAACGUUCCGCGCAUGCGCAGAACCGCAUCGUUGCAAAUUUUUGAUGGGUGGCCAAAUUGUCAGAACACCGGUCCGUGAAAAAAAGACCCAAAUAACACCGGCCCGUGGUGCAAUAAAGGUUGGGGACCCCUGAUUUAACCAAUAUUUCAACAUUGCCUACACAGCCGAGAGUCGGGGCAAACUUCCCGUAUGUGUGUGUGACAUGCAUGGACAGUGCGUGCAUGCUAUGGAUCCAUAUACAUUGAAUAUAAACCUAAACUGGGAUUAUUUAUGUCUGUUAUUUGUGUCCUCUUUUUAAAAAGAAAAAUAUGAUAUCCCUGGAAUGACGGAUGACAGCCAGCAUUUUGGUCAUUUGUUUUGAUGCUUCUGCGCAUGCGGGUCGUCUUGCUCAGCACGUGUUGGACUGCAAAUUAGUGCGCGUGCGUAGUACUUGAAAGGUCUCAAUGGACAAAGGCGGUCUGAACGGGCACGCCAAAAAAACAGAUAUGACAAAAAAUCGGAUUUGUGCAUUAAGACCUGUAGUAGGAACCUAGCCUAAGGGGCCCGGUUUAUUGGCGUAAGGUGGGCGUGGUUGGGCAAGGGGAGGGUCAAACAGAAAGGUAAGAUGGCGCGCGGGGCUGUAAUAUAGUGUUUUAAGUGUUUGACGGUCCACUCGGGGGUCCUGUUUAUAUUCAUCGCACCCGGCCCGUGUUCACAUUUGUUCCGCCACUGGACUGAUUAGUGAUUCACUUCCAAAGUGCAAAACCUACAGCACAUUGAAGGCCUAAGUUGGAAACAAAAAUAAUCUCCAGUGUUUACCGCUCAGCACUUAAAGCAACAUUAUGUAACUUUUCAGUUUUGGUCGAUUUGAGCAACGCCGGUGGACAAAAGCAGUAGUGUUUUGCCUUAAAGUGCGUACGACAUGAGAAAAAAGGCUUAAAUAGGAUUAUUAUGUGAAUUAAAAUCAUAUUUUGAGACGAUUCAACUACAUACAACAAUUUAGCAAAGCGCAGAUGACAAGAAAUUAGUCUUUUAAUCUGCCGAUUAGCAACGCCUACCAUUAUAGGGCUCUAGCGUCCCCAACAGGUGGAUGACGUCAGCGGAGUCACGAUUUCAUCUGAUUUAGUAUGCAGCCCAUUGAGGGGGAAUUAUUCACAACGAUGAAAACGCGAUGAAGAGAGCCGCAAAAUUUCAUUGUUUCAGUCCCUCUACUCCAAUAUUUUUACAUGAUAUUCUUUUUAUCCAAGUAUUUUUCCACAAUAGCUAAAUAAAUGGCUUGAGAAGGACCAGUCAGCCUGUUGAGGGGGAAUUAUUCAGAACGAGGAAAAUGUGACGAAGAGAGCCGCAAAAUGUCAUUGUUUCAGUCACUCUACUCCAAUAUUUUUUUUUACAUGAUAUUCUUUUUAUCCAAGUAUUUUUCCACAAUAGCUAAAUAAAUGGCUUGAGAAGGACCAGUCAGCCCGUUGAGGGGGAAUUAUUCAGAACGAGGAAAACGUGACGAAGAGAGCCGCAAAAUGUCAUUGUUUCAGUCUCUGUACUCCAACAUUUUUACAGGAUAUUAUUUUUAUCCAUGUAUUUUUCCCCAAUAGCCAGAUAAAUGGCAUGGUCGUGACAAAUAACAGUCUUGUGCUAAAUGGAAUAUGAACUAAUAAAAAUGCAUUUAUUCAAGACGUCAUGGCAAAAUUACUCCAUAAUGGUCAAAACUGUCUAUUUCACCUUUACUGUCGCACCUCCCGAACGAUAUUUUAUGUCACCUAAAACGAGCUUAUGUCAUUUCCCUUCCCCGGCUUCGGAGAAUGUAAACAAACCAAGAGGCGUGACAGCUAGCCGACAUGCUAACCCGAAUCGAGUGAUGUUUCAAAGUCUUCGAAGCGGAAAAAUCACACAUAACUAGCCCGGGUCAUUUCACAUGACGACUGGGUUUUUGAUUGUCUUCGCCGAUCGGCAAACCGCCCGGUGGAGAGCAAUUUACAGCUCGUUCCCCUGCUACUACAGACAGGAGAGCUCGCCGGGGAAGCAAGAUAGCUGGACAAUGACCGCUGAACAAACCGGCCGACGUCGAAGGGGCGUGUAGCUGCCAAAUAGUCAUCACGAAUAAGGCAAAAAUUAUGCUCUACUACAUGGCGAAGUUGUCAGUUAUUGUGCAGCUAACGUGCAGCUAAUGUGUAUGAGAGCUUUUUAUAUGCCUAUCCAUGAUCAAACAAGUAGUCCUUUAUUUAAAGAAAGUUUGUAGUGUUUACUUUGUAAUCGCUGUAUUCGCAGCUAUUUUUAACUCAAAGUUGCAAUUUCUGAUCGGUCGGAAAAUUUGACAGAACACCGGCCACUUGAACAGGGGAAUAAGCUGAGUAUAGUUCUCUCCCGGCGGGGGCAUGUGCGACAAGCCGCCGGUCGUCGGCUGAGGGGACAAGGAGCAUGUCACCAAAUGCAAGCCACCUACAUAUUAAAAUGAUCCCAGUAUUUGAAAUAAUACAAAACACGUUGUUUACUCACUUCCUCGUAAGUCCCAUGGUCCCACGGUAGUAGGGCUUAUUUUGGCCAAUAUCCACCGGUGAAUGGGAACCUUUUGAAACCCCAAAAAGUCGCACACGCCUCUCCCUCGUGCAGCAAGAUUUUUCUGCAGCCGUUUGGCUGGCGUGAUGUGAAAAAUAAACGUAUUAAUCCGCAAAAUCAGCUGAAUCCUUAGUCUUUCUCAUACAACAGUACGGCUGUAUAGUGAAGAGGACUCCUUCCUCCGUACACGUCACAGCGCCCUUUUUCUCAACUCAAGACUGUUGCCGGAAGUCACUCAUUUUCAUGGCGCGGGAUUAAAAAAACUAAAUAAAUAUAGCGAUCCCUUCCACACAGUUCCAAGUAUUAUGAAAUAAACAUGUUUUUCGUGUCACAGGCACUUUUAAGGAAGACUGCGUUUCCCAUGAGUACCAGCACCCACCCACGUUGUCGUAAAAUAAUGAAUCAAUCAAAACUCAAUUUCCCGGUCACCUGCAGAUCGAUUACCGUAAUUUUCGGACUAUAUGGCACACCUGACUAUAAGCCGCCACCCAUCAAAUUUGACACAAAAACAAAAUUUGUUCAUACAUAAACUGCACCGGAGUAUAAACUGCAACUGUCCUCACUGUAUUAUGGGAUAUUUACACCCAAAGAUAUUAACCGGUAACACUUUAUUUGACAGAGGUGUCAUAAGACCAAAUGAACCACCAUGAAGCUUUGAACCAAUUGGCUGCAAAGCUUCAUUGCUUCAAGAAGCUUCAUUUGGCCAUCAAUGCUGCCUUGGGCGGGUCAGUCAACCUCUGCUGCCACCUGGUGUCAACGCUGUUGUUGUGCAACAUUCCUCCUAGCAUGCAUUGCAGUGCUAGAGAUUCAUGUUCUGUGCUAAUUAUUUCUUCAGUUACUCGUCCAGUUGUUACAUUAAUUGCUAGUUAUGGUAUAUGGUAACACUUUAUUUGACAGUGGUGCCUUAAGACUGUCAUAUGAACAUCAUACUUACGACAUAACACUGCCAUGAGCAUUAAUGAAUGUGGUUUAUAAUCCGAAAAUUAUGGUAAACAACAUUUCUGUUUCCAGCAGCUGUGUGAACGAUGAAUAGUAAUAAGGUAAUGAAGCCAGUUGUGGCUAAACAAUAGCAUAUGAGGGUUAGCACCCUGUGGCUUAGUGUGGCUAGUGUGAUUGUCACGCCAGCGAGUGAAAGCCGGGCCAAUGUUUUUUUCCGUAUAUCCUGGUAACCUGCCUUUUUUUCCUCCUCAGACAAAAAGUUUUGUCUCUUGUUGCUCUGCCAUCUUUGCAGAAUUCAUGUGAAAGAGUACGCAUCGACUUCCGUCUUUGUAAGUGGCAAGUCACGUAUGCCGUAAAGCAGUUAGCACAUUAAUGUACUUGGAUUCCAUUGAUGCAUCUGUGAAUCGAUGUCAUUGGCGUCCAUGGACGUCCAAAUUGUUUCCUAUUCAUUUUCAAUGGGUAAAAAAAAUGUCCCCAAAUCAACAGGAAUAGACCAGAUAUUAAUAGGACGUGUCCCACAAUUGUCCCCGAAUCCAUUGACGCUUAUGGAGGGUGUUACCAUUGACGUCUAUGGACGUCCAACUUUUUUCCCAUUCAGUUUCAAUGGAUAAAAAAAAUGUCCCCAAAUCAACAGGAAAUGAUCAGACGUGCACCCAAAUGUCCCCGAAUCCAUUGACACUUAUGGAGGGUGCUGCCAUUGACGCCCAUGGACGUCCAAACUUCCCGUUCAUUACCAAUGGCAUUUAUUCAUGUUUUUUUAUUCUAUUGAUGCUAAUGUACUUGGAUUCCAUUUACGCCUAUGUAAGUCGAUACCAUUGACAUCCAUGGAUGCCCCAAAUUUUUCCCAUUCAUUUUCAAAGGCAAAAAAAAAAAAAAAAAAUUCCCCAGAUCAACAGGAAAUGACCAGAUAUCAAUACGACGUUUCCCACAAAUGUCCCCGAUUCCAUUGACGCUUUAAUGUCCCCAUAUCAACAGGAAGUGACCUGAUAUUGUCCACGAAAUGUCCCCAAGCUAACCUGGACGGGGUUAAGAUCUUAUCACCACAGAGCAAAGACCCAGAGUAAUAUCUCCAGAAAUUGCAGUUUCUAGUUAUUGUAAUGUUACUUACACUUUAGUUAUCGUCUUAAAAUGCAUUAACUAAUGCAUUAACUCAUGUUAAUUAAUAUAUUAAUAAAUGUUACAUAAGGGAUUACAUGAAUUAUUGUCAUGUAACUUAAACAUGAGUUAUUGUCUAAAAAUGCAUUAACUAAUGUUAAUUAAGGGACCCUUAUUGUAAAGUGUGCCGUUCAUUUCCAAUGGCAUUUAAUCAUAUUUUUUCAUUCUAUUGAUGCUAAUGUACUUGGAUUCCAUUGACGCCUAUGUAAGUCGAUACCAUUGACGUCCAUGGACGUCCAAAUUUUUUUCCAUUCAUUUUCAAAGGCAAAAAAAAAGAAAAAAAAAUAUCCCCACAUCAACAGGAAAUGAACAGAUAUCAAUACGACGUGUCGCAUAAAUGUCCCCGAUUCCGUUGACGCUUAUGGAGGAUGCUGCCAUUGACGUCCAUGAACGUCCAAAUUUUUUCCCAUUCAUUUUCAAUGGCAAAAAAAAAAAAAAAAAAUGUCCCCAAAUCAACAGGAAGUGACCUGAUAUUGUCCCCGAAAUGUCCCCACGCCAACCUGGGCGGGGUUAAGAUCUGUAUAUCACCACAGAGCAAAGACCCAGAGUAAUUUCUCCAGAAAUUGCAGUUUCUAGUUAUUGUAAUGUUACUUAAACAUUAGUUGUUGUCUUAAAAUGCAUUAACUAAUGCAUUAACUCAUGUUAAUUAAUAUAUUGAUAAAUGUUAGAUAAGGGAUUACAUGAAUUAUUGUCAUGUUACUUAAACAUGAGUUAUUGUCUAAAAAUGCAUUAAAAGGACCCUUAUUGUAAAGUGUUAUCAAAUAGUUUAUAAAGGUUGAAAAGUUACCUUGUGUUGCUUUAAGGACUAAAUAUAUUCAAGAAGCAAUCUUGGCUCAUUGCAACAAAACAGAGGUUUCGGAGUAUAAUUCUCAAGUGUCUAGAGCUAAACCACAGGCCAACAUCAGCAUGGGUGUUUUUUUUAUGGUGUCAUUGCUUCUUCAAAAGUGAUAAUGACAAAUUUGCUUGACUAAUGAGACAAAAAUUCAUAUUGUAUUGUAUCGUAUUGUAUUCUAUGCCAGUUUACAAUGAAUUACCAUGCCAGAAAAUAUAUUUGGUUAAAUGUCAUGUAUAAAACAUUAGUCAUUUAAAAAAAAAAAUACAAAAUACAAGUGAAACACAUACUUAGUAUGUUGUUUAAUUUGCUGAGUGAUGUUUUGCUAAGAACUGAAAUGCCACAAAAUCAAUCUUGAUUUAAAAAGGGGGAAAAGGUAUUUUGUGGCAGGCCUAAGGUAUUGCAGCUGAACACUGUUGGGAUUUUUUACACUUCUGCAUGAAUUGGUUUUAUAACGUAGUCUGAUCCUCAUUGUACAGUAGUUGCAGAUCAGAUGUGUACAAAGAUGAAGAUACAUUACAAAACUACCAUCUUGUAUUGAUUAAAGCCUAUUUCUCUAACAGAUUAAUGAAGCCAUAUUUACUCUGACCAUUUUUAAAAAAUGGAAAAAAAAAUUUUUUUUUUGUUUUUUUUGUUGCAAACAUGGUCAGAUACAUCCCGGUAGGGGGCGCUCCAGCUGGUGAUAGAAAUAUUUGCCCCGGUAAAAGACAAAAUGAAGACCUGCAAGUGUUUGAAAAGGCCUGCAGUCCUGGACAUCACAUUGGCGACUGGAGUUUACUUUUACACUCCAUUCUAAACUGACUGAUUUCACUAUGAAAAUAAAACUGUUCAAAACCUGGUUCAAACUUUUAAUUUGGACUGUAUGUUGACAUAAAAUUCUU